UGUGCAUACAUGUGAUAGAGCUAUCAGGCCCUCCGUCUUACUAUCUGACACCCAUCUGAUGUAGAUAGGAUUAUCUCAUAAACGAGGCUGCGAGGCUAUACACCCCGCAUAUCUAAGUAAACCAGUAAUAUUUCAUGUUAUAUCUCGUGUUUGGUAUGAAGAUGACAUUUUGGUUCUGAAGUAAUUUCAACAGUUGUACCGGAGAGAGCUGGGGGAUCUUCAUUGCUCUCUCGCGUUUUACUGGAAAGUUUACACAAGUCGUAUACAAAAUAAUAAACAUGGAUCCCGUAGACGUGAAGGAUAUUACCGAACUUAGAGGAGUUCUUCACUGUCAGGAGGAAGGUUUCGUCCCCAAGAAGGAGCCAUGUUCGGUCAUCGAGGAAAACGAUUCGGACGACGAAUCCGACGAAAUACCGACAACGACGACAGCGUCGAUGAGUCCCGACUCACCUUCGUCUACACAGAAAGGUGUGAAGAAAGCAGGCGUCGGAGUUAGGCGGCAGGAAAAACCGCCAUAUUCUUAUAUCGCACUCAUCGUCAUGGCCGUACAGGCGUCGCCAAACAAACGUUGUACGCUCAGUGAAAUUUAUCAGUUCUUACAACAGAGGUUUCCGUUUUUCCGUGGUGCAUAUCAAGGAUGGAAGAACUCCGUCCGUCACAACUUAUCUCUAAAUGAAUGUUUUAUCAAGCUCCCUAAAGGUCUCGGCAGGCCGGGGAAAGGACAUUACUGGACCAUCGAUCCGGCAGCAGAGUUCAUGUUCGAGGAAGGAUCAUUUAGGAGACGCCCAAGAGGAUUCCGAAGAAAGUGUCAGGCGCUGAAACCUUUCGGAAUGCUAGGAGUUAAUAGUAUGGGAGGCAAUCCUGCAAUUAUGGGCACACAUUAUGACAUUUUUCAUCAAAAUGCCAAUAUGGCGUCGAUGGCGGCGAUGCAGACAUGUUCCGUCGGCGCGUCGUCACAGAACUAUGACACGACCGGCAUGAUGAGUCCACAAAAUGGCGGAAGUCUACAACAUCAUGCUAGCUACCCUUCGCUACCCCAACAUAGUAUGGCAUCCAACGUUAAUUGUGGCGGUUUCAACGUCAACAUGGCGGUGAACGUGAGCGGCCGAUACGGGCCGAGUUGUGCGAUGGCCGGAAUGGACGGAACGGACUAUACAGCUACGGCCAAUUUGACCAACGCUAUGUACGAACGUGACCACUCUAUGCAGGGAGUCCUCCAACCUACCUCCUGGUCCUCACAACGCUAUAUAAAACAGCCUAUAAGCCCCGCCGGAAGUACCGGGUCCGUCCCCAGCAUGUCCCCUUCCUCUUCCGGUGACCACUCGCCCUACGGGCAUGUCCCCACAGCGUCGACGGAGCCGAUGGACCUUGCGCUAGCAGGUAUGCGUCUUCCUCCCCAGAGUUAUAAUCAAAACACGUCAUGUGACCGGAAAUCUUAUUUCCCCUAUGGAACCAACGGUAUGAAUGCAUCACUUCAUCAUUCGCCAUAUUUCGAGAAAUGUGCAAUGUGAUCACGUGACUAAAUGCUCGGACGUUUCAUCAUCAAUUGCCAUUAUCCACGUCAAUCAUCUCUUUUCAAGCAUCAGGUGCUCAACAAAACAUACCACAACGCCAAAUUGGAACUGACCAAUCAGUGUGGAUUAUGUCGACUUUAUAAUUUAUUUUAAUACCUAUUUGUUUGACGAAUGUGUGUCUGUCUCACGCUGAAUGUCGUUCUACUUUCGAGGACAAAUUAUAAACUUCACAAUCGACAGUAUUAACCCUUUCACCACUGUAGACCAUAAUGGUCUCAUCCAGAUCAAUGCAUGGUAGAGUCUUCUAAAGUUACAUAGGGGUGAAACGGUUAAGCAACUUUCCUCUUUUCAUGAAACAAGACAACCUACGGUUUAACAUUGCGAAUAUAAAAACAUGGAGAUAUGUUCUUAAUUCAAACGCUUCAUUUCGGUAAUCUGACGACAACGUUUUUGAAUAUUGAGCAGUUCACAAUCUUUAAGGAAUUACCUUUUCAAGUGAACGCUCUUCCUGUGAUCUCGUACCCAUGUGACGCACGGAAAUACACUUUUACGUACAUGUGUAAAUGUUGUGAAACUGUGAACGUAUUUUUUUAAUAUACAAUUA